AUGACGGACGCGCAGCUCAACUCCUUCGAACGCAAAUGUCGAGAACUAGGCUUUUUGGUUUGGGCAGCCCCGGCAGUGCAUGAACAUGGUCGCUUAAGCCAUGACACGGUCCUCCUGACUCGAGAACAUUUUCGGGCGCGCUUUGUUGCAGACUACGGUGGGACGGAUGGAAGCUUCGUUGCGGUUAAAGUCCAAGAAUGUGUUUUCCUGGCGCUACAUGCCAAGCCAUGGGUUCUCCACACCGACGGAUACGACAUGGAGCUGAUUUCGGUCAUUGCCAGUCUGGAUGCCAGCGAGACGUGGGCAGCUUUGGGGGACUACAACGAAGAGCCGGACGUUUGCUCUCUGCAAACCCUGCUUCACGAAGGAGGGGCCACGACGAUGGCGCUUUCUGAAAAGGGACGAUGGGUUCCUACGCGAUGGGAAAGUGACCGCGCCAUCGACUACCUGGUUACAAACACCCCCCAGAUCUUUGAGGUGCACAAUCACUGGGAAGCAAAGUACGGCGAUCACAAAGUGGUGGAGUUCUUCUACAACUCCACCGCCCCAGUCCAUCAAUCGUGGAGCUUGCCUACUACGGUCAAGUAUGCCAAGCCCGACAACACUACAGCUGCGCAGUGGAAGCAGGACUUGGACCGUGCUUGGGCCGAAUGUUGUGGGGACGUUCCUCUGCAAGCUAGCACUGAAGAACAGUACUGGUGGUUUUGCUCUACGUUGGAAAACAUGUUCCGGUAUGCCUUAAGGGACCAUGCCGUGCACGAAGCUGGCAAGCGACCCAAAGGAACUGCAGCCGCGUUACAACCGCGGCCUUGGCAGCACGGCGCUCAUCGAGGAGGUGAAGGAAGUCAUCCUGAACGCAAACUUCGCGUUGCGGCCGGUCGUCUUCGUGCUCUCAUGAGGAUUCCUGACCACCAACAGGCCUGCAGACAGCGCUUGCAAGCAAAACUGGCCAGGGCCAUUGGCUUCGAUGCUCGAACGGACUCGACCGUUCACGUCCUCCGCAAGGUUGAGGCCCAAAUAGCUGCCGAAGUCAAGGACAAAAGCAAAGCUCGUGUGCAACAAUGGCGUCAAAACAUGCGGACCAAUGGAGCCUUCAAAUGGAUUCGAAAGGGGUUGUGCAGAAUACCCAACUCUAUUUUCUUGGUCACGGAACCCAGCGUUGCUUCUACGACCAUUGGCGAAGCUCUGGACUGCUUGCGCCGCCACUGGCGGAGCAUCUGGGACAGGGCCCCGGUGAGAUGGGAGGAGGUUCAAAGCGCCUACAAGUUCCCGGCCGAUUGCACAUACGCAUGGCGAUGCCCGAAAGCUAACGAGCUCGCCGCCACGGCCAAAUCCCAAGCCGGCAGAGCGGCAGGCCUGGAUGGGUGGAGUGGAGACGAAGUAGCCGCAGUCCCCGAGGCAGCUUGGCACUGUUUCUCUCAACUUCUGCAAGUUUGGUUCGCAAGAGCUCGCGAGGAAGAAAGCUGCCCUUUUCCGAUGGAUUGGCGAUGUAUCAAGCAAGUGCACAUUCCCAAGGCUUCAGCUACUCAACUUCGUAGUCAUAGCAAACCUCUCUCUUCAAAGGACAUGCGACCCAUUUCGGUUGAAUGCACACUCUGGAGAGUCACUAUGACUUGCGUGGCCCGCCAGGACGAGUUCAAAACAUGGGUGAAUUCAUGGAAGCCCAGCAGUGCCCACGGAGCCCUUCCUGGUUUGGGAGUUCACACAGCAAUUGCGGUGCUCGACGAGGCCUUCAGCGCCGGCGAAGCAAUCGUCAGUCAGGACUUCUCGGAAGCGUUUGACCGGGCAAGCCCGGACCUGAGCAUCAAUGCCUUGAGAAAAGCAGGCAUCGCGACCGAACUUGCCACGGCACUAGAUUGGGUAUGGGGUCAUCAAGUACGUUGGCUUUGCCUUGGGCACUAUGUGCACCCUGAGGCGCAGGAGGUUUGCCAGUCAUUACCUCAAGGCGAUCCACUCAGCCCUCUUGCACUCUUGGCGCUGCUCAGUGGUCCUCUACAGCAAGUCCAACAAGACAUGACUGCUCAAGAUCAUGACUGUACCACGGUCACCUAUGUAGAUGACCGAAACACAGUAGUCAAAUCGUUGGAUGCGACCGUCUCCCUGGUCAACAGCUGGCGACGAGAAGCUCCCCGCUUCGGCAUGAAGGAAAACGAAAGCAAGCUCCGCAUCGUCCCAAGGGGUGGCGCCGGCAAGCGUCAACAGUUCAAGCAGCAGCUCGCCGCCAAAUUGGACUGCCCGGAGUCGGUCGUGGUUGAUACCCAUCGCAUCCUAGGUGUCGACUUCGCUGGUGCUGCUGCUCCAGAUAUACCUCUGGUCACGGGCAAUGCUCGCUUGGAUGAAGCGGAUCGUCGUGCGCGAAGAGUUGCUCUCAUUUCUCAAGGCCGUGAGCGAAUGAAGACCUUCCUGGCCACUUCGGUUGCUGCGGUCGCACAAUGGGGAUGGUGGCGGCGCGAACCUCGACAAGAACUUCGCAAGUUUGCCAAAAUCAUGCGAACUGGGCUACGUGAUGCCAGCACUACUUGGUCCAAAUAUCUGCGGAUGAUCUUCCUCGGACACAGGUUGGAUGGCUCCUUCACCACAGGUUUCCAAGCAUGGAGUAUGCUGCGGGGGGCGUACAAAGUUGGCUGUGCAAAAAACUGGGACCUCCGAGGGCGCGCUGGCACUUGGCUCAAUCGAGUAAAUCGCUGGCUCAAAAAGCUAGGUUGGAGAGACGUUGGCCCCUGGCGAUGGCGCCACGCAGAAUUUGGAGAUAUUUUCUGGGACAGAGAAAGCCGAGACAAGGACCUCCACGAUCAUGCACUGCGAGAAUCAUGGCGGAAGCAAUGUUUCAGCAAUUUCCUGGCUCAAGACAGAAGAGAUGCUACUGAAGCAGUGGCUCAAGCCGUGCAGUAUGACAGUGACAGGCUCAAAGCGGCGAUCGCAGCUGCAAGUGAGCAUGGACUUCAUGCUGCAGCUGUUCUGGGAGGUGGGGUUGUCAGUGAUGCCCUCUUUGCUGUUCAGUGCAAGGAGCCUCUGCCACAUCAAUGUCAGUGGUGUUUCAGUCACGUUGUUCCUGGUUGGGAUCAUCAAUGCUGGCUAUGUCCGUGCGAGGCCUUUUCUGCUACAAGGCCGGCUGUCCCAGAGGAUUUCAUGCAACGCCGCUUUGCGUGGCCACGCCUGAAUAACAAGGAGUACGAUGCUGCUGUGGUGCGACAUGUAGUUCAUGUUCGGCAAGCAUUAUUGAGUGCCAGGUGGGAGCGUCGCCCCCGAGAGAGCGACAUCUCCAUCAACACGUGA